UUUUUUAAAAAAUGACAUUUGCACUGUAGUCCAGCAGGGGGCAACAAUAAACCUUUCAGAUGGCCGUCAACCGCCUCAAGUUAAAAGAAGAAGCGCACGUGGGAAUCUUGUAUUCAAGAUGGCGGCGUGCCGUAUAGAAGACGUGCUCGCUGAAGCCGAAAAAGACGAGGCAGAAAGGCUGAAAAAUAUCAUGGUACAUAAAGAAUUAGACCUCGAGUUUGAUAUCGGAAACUUGCUGGCGUUCGACAAGAACUCGAUAAACACUCGGGAGUUUAAACAGCAAAAUAAAGACGAGUUUUUCCGCUCACUGGCCCGGGAUAACACUCAACUCCUCAUUAAUGAGAUCUGGAAACAUCCAAGCGAGAAAGUAGAGGAGGUGAUCGUGGUCAAGCUGCCGGAUCCAGUCACCAAGUUACCCCGAGAAAAACCCGCUCCCAAGCCGAGACCUCCGACCAAAUGGGAGCAGUUCGCCAAACUCAAAGGUAUCCAGAAGAAAAAGAAGACCAAUCUGGUGUGGGAUGAAGUGCACAAGGAGUGGAAAAGGCGUUGGGGCUAUAAACGAGCCAAAGAUGACACGAAGGAAUGGCUGAUAGAGGUGCCCGAAAACGCGGAUCCAAAUGAGGACCUGUUCGCCAAAAGGAACCAGGCCAAGAAAGAGCGAGUGGCCAAGAACGAGUUUAACCGCCUGAAGAACAUCGCCAGAGCGCAGAAGUUGGAAGUGCCCGGUGUGGGACUCGCUCCAAGCGCCCAGCAGUCCAAAGCAGAGCUGGUCAAAGCUGUGCAUGUGGCCAAAAGCUCCACAGCUUCAGUGGGGAAGUUCCAGGAGCGACUUCCUAAAGAGAAACCCCAGAGAAACACAGGCAAGAAGAGACAGUUCCAGCCUCUGAUCGGUGACUUCGCCGGAGAGAAGCAGAAGCAACUGGAGAUGCUCAAGUUGAUGGAGAGCAAGAGUCCUCGCCUGGACAUCACCAAAGCGGUGAAUAAGCAGAUGAGGGAGGAAGACAGUGAAGCUUCAGAAAGGAGGAGGGGGAAGAAGGGACGGAGAGGGACUGCACCUGGAAAAGGGAGGCGAAGCGCUCAGAGUGGGAAAGGAAAGGGGAAAGGGAAAGGAGGACCUUCCAAAGGCAAAGGACGAAAACCUGCAAUGAGACAGGGCAAACGUUAAAAUAAACUUCUAAAGCUGUAGUGACAUCUGGGACUUUCUAUUUUGAACCUCACACACACCUGAGCCUGUUCAUGAGCAUGAGCAUUCCUUGUCACUAGGGUGCUCUCAAGUAUACAUCUUUAGUACCAUUAAUAUGUACAUUUUACUUGGAAAGGUGCAUCAGUGGUCCUUAAGGAUACAUUAUGUUCCCUUUUGGGGUUUUUUGUAAAGGUAAAGCAUGCAUACUAAAGGUACAAAAGAUAUCCCUCUGAUGGAAAGGCUCAGUUUGAUGCCUUUAUUUCUGAGCAUGUGCACACCGAUAUGAUGAUGAUGAUGAUGAUGAUGAUGAUAUUGCAAUAACACUUGGGGAGAAUUUUGUGGGUGUUGUCUGCAGUUCUAAGAGAAUAACCAGUAAUAAUUGUUUUUUUCUUGUUUUUUGAAUGGGGAAAAAAUGCCUUUGUCUGACCGUUUGUUAGCAAAUCAUAGCAUUUGGAAAGACUGUAAUGUAUAUCAAAUCAUGAGAACAACUUCAAAUAUAAUGAUAUUGUGGAAUUUUUUUUUUUUUUUGCUCUGGUGUAGUUGAAGCUGGAACAAAAUAAUAAAAAAAAAAAAAUUGGACUGGAACCAAAAUAUUGCAAUCCUGUCCUGUAUAAUUUAAUGCUAAUUUAUUAUUGGCCAGACCUUUAACAGCAUCUGGAUUUUAAAACCAGAUGUAGGAAGUUUUCUGCAUGGUUGAUCCUCUUCUUAAACAACUGUGCAUCACUGCCUGAAAAGUUGAGUUUAUUGAUUAAGAUUCUGGGAUAUUGGAUGUGCAUUACUUCUCAUGACAUGACUCGAAGUGCCUCGUCAUGUAGGGAUGAGUGAUAUGGCAAAAAUAGUUACUUGAAGGUGCCAUCACAAUACUCGUGUAUGUCUUACAAUAUUUAGCUUUGCUAACAAAGAACCCAAAAAAAGCAUUGUUGCUGUAGUGGCUUUUAGUGUUUACGUAAAGAUAACAGAAAAAUUGUGAGAGUUGGUAACUAAUUAAAAAGGUGAAAUAUUUCUCUGCCAGUAAAAUGGUGUUUUAAAAGCGCUGACAUUCUCACUCUCAGGAAAGGUUCAUUUUAAUAUUAACAUAUUACAAUAUUGAUAUCUUCCAGCCCUAUUGACCAGUUGUCUGAAAUGAAAAUCUGAAAAGAUUUACUUUUUCUUCUUUUUUUUUUUUUCUUUUUUACAGUGUUAUUGGAAAUCUCAAAUAUAUUUUUGUUUCUAUAAUUACUCGAGAUGCAUAUUAAACUGUUUUAUGUGUCAUACUUGUAAUUGUUAUCCGGCAUGAGAAAACCGGAGGACUGUUCGCUGUUGGUGCCUCAGAUUCUGCCAUGUCUGUGAACACUGAUUUUGCUUUUCACAAAUGUUUUUCAAUAAAUAUAACUCUUAUCAACAUCGUGUCUAUUGGGACUGCUUUAUACCAGGCCACACGGUUCCAUCUAAUUACAACAGUUUGACACAGCACCUUAACAAUUAACUGUCAUUCAUCAUCACUUUUAGUAUCUCAAUUUUACAUUUUGUUUUCACUGAACUGGAUAUUUUUGGAAAUAAAUAAAUAAAAAUACCUUAUAAAAAGUAUUCUAUGUUCUUUGCUAGACGUAAUAACAUAAUAUAAUCUGAUUUAUAAUUUAUAACCCGAUUGGAUAAAGAUUUAGUAGAAGUGGAACGUUUAAAUAAAAAUAAAAACAAUCAAGUAAAUAAUAUAUGGCUCUGGUUCCCCCUUGUGGUUAUUUUGUGGUAUUGCAUCUAAUGCUGUAACAUUGGUGAUAUAUUGAUUAUCACUAUAUAUUCAUACUUUUCUCUUUUUUCCACAUUAAAUGCUUUUUUAUUAAAUAAAAUAAAUGUUAUUAAAUAAUUAUUAAUUUAAAAAUAUUUCAGCUACACUGUUUAGUUAGCAAAAUCCUCAGAUUGUUUACUUUGAUAUUUGAUUAUAAUGUUUUGGGUUUUUUUUUUUUGCUUUAAUUUUUGUAACAUGAUGUAUAUCUUUAAAAAUUGUUUAUAUUUCUCUUUGACAUCUUAAGUAGAAAAUGUCUCCUAAAUACUUAUUCAUCCCAGUUGGAAUGGAGAAAGCUGUCUGAAAUACUGUAGCAGAGAAAAUGAAUCUUUACUCACUAAGUAAUUAAUUACUCAGACAGAUUUUAAUUUGCCUGUGUUAAUGCUAAUUAUUUGCCCGUUUAUAAACACAUGUCCACAUGAAUCCUCUGGAGCUGCUGGGUCUUUCUAAAUGACAGCAUAAAUCCAUUCUUCGUUUAGUUGAU